CCCGUUAAUAUAACUCAAUAAUCAAAAUCACCAAAACCCGAACCGAGUUAGGGCGCGGCUGGGUUACAAACAAUCGAACCCACCCACACACCCACCCUCCUUCAACCGUUUUGAAUCGCUCACCACCAACAAGAACUAUCAGGGAAUACGGUUGUGAUUUUGUUAAGCAUUCAUUUGAGAUUUUUGCUGGAACUUACUGUUAGGGAAUUUUAGGUGGAAAAAGGUAUCUCAUGCAAUAACAAGCAAUGGGCCGGCCCGAGCCUUCUGUGUUGUUUGCUCAGACAUUCGCUCAUGCACACCUCGAUGAAUAUGUUGACGAGGUGAUAUUUUCUGAACCCGUUGCUGUGACUGCUUGUGAGUUCCUUGAGCAGAGCUCAUCGUCAUCAUCACCCUCAGUAACACUUUUGGGGGCCACUUCACCUCCGUCAUUUGCUUUAGAGGUUUUUGUUCAUUGUGAAGGAGAAACAAGGUUUAGGCGUCUAUGCCAGCCUUUUCUAUACUCUCCUUCAUCUUCAAACGUCCUUGAAGUUGAGGCAAUCGUAACAAGCCAUUUGGUUGUUAGGGGAAGUUACCGGAGCCUUAGUUUGGUCAUAUACGGAAACACAGGUGAAGAUCUCGGUCAAUUCAACAUAGAUGUUGACCUAGACGCCUCUUUAACAAACACAGUGUCAACCGUUGAGGGCAACCUUGAUGACCUCCCACCUGCACUAAAUCCCGUAAAUUCAACCGUUGAGGAACCCAUAUCUCCGUUAAAGUCUUUAACGUUUAAACCUAUCGCAUCAGACAUACCAGUUGAAAUAAAACAGUUUUUACAGACGUCUUUCAAGAUUCUAGAGAUCCCAAAUGCAGGAUAUGAUGCUUUGAAUACGGUUGUUAACUCUCUUGUGUCUGCAGCAACCGUGUAUUCAACUCAAAGCUUGCAAUGUGCAUCUGGAAAUCAUGAACCAGUUGAUAGCGAAGAAUCUUGUUUUGACUUUAGUCAAGCCAAUAAAGACCUCCUUGAUAUCUUUAAUCGACUUCUGCCUGAAAAUUUGACUGAUAACGUUUUUCUCGAGUCCGAGGGUGAUUUAGUCAAUUCCAAACAGUUGGUUGAUAUUCUAACACAACGUUAUCACGAUCUCGAUAAUUGUGAAAGUGUCGCUGGUGCUCAACUUCCACAGAGCAAGCUUAUCAUGGUGUGGCUGAGUGUCGCACUUCUAUUAUGCACGUAUAAAGAAAGCUGCUUCAACUUUGUUAACAGUGGGGGCAUGAAGCAACUCAGUGACGUUUUCUGCACUAAAGUGCGUUCAAGUUCCGCUACACUAAUCCUUCUUGGAGUUAUCAAGCAGGCUACUAGACAUUCUAUUGGCUGCGAAGGGUUCCUAAACUGGUGGCCCCGUGAAGACGAUAAGAUUCCAACUGGCACCAGUGACGGUUAUAAUCAGUUACUUAAGUUGUUGAUUCAAAAGCCACGUCAUGAUGUUGCUUCUCUUGCUACUUAUAUUCUUCAUCGUGCACGCUUUUAUGAAGUUGCUUCGAGAUAUGAGUUUGCUGUACUACAUGUGCUGGGAGGUUUAUCUACUGCUGGUAAUCUUACGCCUGUCACUAUCGACAUGCUGACAAGUGCUAAGCUUCAACUCCGAAAACUCUUGAGAUUAAUAAAUUCCAACCCGCUAGUUGAAGAUCCUUCUCAAGUUGCAAGCAUGAGCAGGUCACUUAUUCUUGGUGAAACAGAUGGUCUACUGUCGUACAAAGCUACUAGCAAGCUAAUUACCCUGUCAAAUUACCGGUUUUCGAAUUGGGAUAUUGACUCAAAUCUACUUUUUCUUCUUAAGGAAAGGGGGUUUCUACCUUUAUCUGCUGCACUUUUAUCAUCCUCUACAUUACGGUCUGAAGUGGGGCAUAUUAGGGAUGUCUUUAUGGAUAUCACAUCAUACAUUGCAUCGAUAAUUCUUUCACUUGUUUGUUGUCGCUCAGGUUUAAUGUUCCUUCUGCUUGAUCCUGAGCUGUCAACUACAGUUAUUUAUUCCUUAAAAGGACCUGAUUCGAGUAUGCAAGAGUCUAUCCCUCUUCGUUACGCAUCGGUCUUAAUAUCCAAGGGUUUCUUUUGUCAUCCACGUGAAAUCGGAAUAAUCACGAAGACACAUUUAAGGGUGAUGAAUGUGAUAGAUCGCCUGAUUACCUCACAAGGGCAUUUAGAUGAACUUUUAUGGAAUUUAUGGGAGCUUUGUUGUAUUUCCAGGUCUGAUUGUGGACGCCAGGCUUUGUUGGCUAUAGGACAUUUUCCAGAGGCUGUUUCUGUUUUGAUUGCUGCAUUACAUUCUGUUAAAGAAUUGGAAUCAGUAGCUGUGAAUACCGGAUCAUCACCACUGAAUCUCGCCAUCUUUCACUCCGCUGUCGAGAUUUUCGAAGUCAUUGUUCUCGAUUCCACAUCAUCGUCCCUGAGCGCAUGGAUUGGGCAUGCAAAGGAGCUUCACAAGGCCCUACAUUCUUCCUCCCCUGGAUCAACCCGGAAAGACGCUCCGACCCGGCUUUUGGAACUGAUAGACGGUGGUGUCGUUUAUCAUAAAAACGGGGCCAUAGGUCUUUUGCGAUACGCUGCUGUGUUAGCUUCUGGUGGAGACGCUCACAUGGCAUCAACAAACAUUCUCGCAUGUGAUGACAUGGACGUCGAUAAUGUUGUUGGAGAUGGUUCAGGAAGUUCUGAUGGAAAUGUAAUAGAUAAUUUGUUAGGGAAGCCGAUUACUGAGUCGAGGUUUCUUGGUUUUACUCUUCGUGAUUCCUCUGUGGCUCAAUUGACUACAACUUUCCGUAUUUUAGCCUUCAUUUCAGAUAAUUCUGUUGUUGCUGGUGCUUUAUAUGAUGAAGGUGCUGUAAUGGUUGUUCAUGCAGUUCUUAUUGACUGUAAGCUGAUGCUAGAGAAGUCUUCUAACAACUACGAUUAUCUUGUUGAUGAGGGUACAGAAAUGAACACUACUUCAGAUAUAUUGCUCGAACGUAACCGUGAACAGAGCAUAGUUGAUCUUUUAGUUCCUUGUUUGUCACUCCUGAUUAAAAUGUUGCAUAAAUUAAAGGAGACAAAGGAGCAACACAGAAAUAAGAAACUCUUGAAGGCACUUUUACAUUUGCAUCGAGAACUAAGCCCGAAGUUAGCCGCAUGUGCGGUUGAAUUAUCAUACCCUUAUCCCAAUAUCGCCCUCGGGUUUGAAACCGUAUGCCAUCUUAUCGUCUCCGCACUUGCGUGUUGGCCCGCAUACGGUUGGACUCCUACUCUCUUUCAUUUUCUUCUCGAUAGUCUUCACGCUACAUCGUUGCUAGCAAUGGGUCCAAAAGAGACUAGCAGUUUGCUUUUUCUGUUGAACGAUCUGUUGCCCGAUGAAGGCGUCUCACUUUGGAAGAACGGAAUGCCAAUGCUGAGCGCCUUUCGCCAGCUGGCAGUCGGGACAUUGUUAGGCCCUGAGAAGGAAAAAGAGAUCAACUGGUACUUACAAACAGGGCAUAAGGAGAAGCUGAUUGGACAGUUGACACCAAUGCUUCACAAGAUUGUGGAGAUUGUUUUACAUUGUGCUGUUAGUGCAUUGGUUGUCAUACAAGAUUUGCUACGGAUAUUUAUCAUACGUGUGGCUUGUAUACAUACUGAUAGUGCGGUUAUACUCUUGCGGCCUAUAAUACUCUGGAUUGAUGAAUGGUUAUCCGAGUCAUCUACAAUAACCGAUACAGAUGCUUACAAGGUUUGCAGAUCACUCGAUUUUAUUGCUAGCUUACUCGAGCACCCACAUGCAAAGCCAAUAUUGUUGAGUGAAGGCAUUAUACAAUUGUUAUCUAAAGCUCUUAAAAGUUCUACCAAACUUCCGCAACUAAGUUGGUGCAUCCCUGCGUUUAGGUCAAUUUCUCUGUUAUCCGAUUCUAGGCAUGAUAGGUUCAACACAACGAAAUUGACAGCCGAUGAUUGUUCAUUGCUACUAAUCCAGCUUUUCACGCUUGUCAAGCUUCUACCAGUUGGAAAAGAGUUAGUUGCUUGUUUAUCCGCCUUUAAAGAUUUAGGUUCGUCAUCUGAAGGUCGAAGCGGUUUGCUUUCAGUUUUGUUACGUAUUCAGUCCGCAAAUAAUGACGAAUCCGACCUCGAUAGCAGACAUUUAAUAUACGAUAAUUUUGAUUUAAUCGAGUUAAAAAAGUCACCCCCGUUGCUAUUUUGCUGGAGAACUUUAUUAAACUCAGUUGAAGACGAUGUUCCGUCUACACUAACCGUUGAAGCCGUCGAGGCACUCUCGUUAGGAGCUUUGAAUUUUUGCAUGGAUAAGAGCGUGAACGUAAAGAUGGUUGAUGCAAUGAAAUACCUCUUCGGACUGCCUUGUGGUACAAGCGACCCAAAUAACAUCUCUGAAGAAAACAUCAAGUUCAUAUAUAAGUUGACGUCUUUAAUCGGUUCCAGUCAGGUUAAAGAAUAUGCAGACUCAUUGUUGCGUUUGUUGCAAACGGCUGAUGACUCAGUGAAAGACGAUGAUGCAUUUGCUAGUGUUUUUCAGUCUAUAUCGAGUGAAGGUCAACGCCCGUCAAAGAUACAAAAGAUGUCAAGUUUUAGCGUUGACCGGUUUGACCUGUUGAGUUUAAAUAGUUACGGGGACAAGUUUAUGUGGGAGUGCCCUGAAAAUAUGCGUGACCCGUUUUCUCAAAACGGGCAAUCACUUAGAAGAAAACUUACCCCAUUGGAAGGUGCAAACAGACGUCCUCGCGUUGAUAACCCUCUUGGUGAGAAUACAAGUCAAAGCGCGUUUUCCCGUGGUUCGGGCCAGUUUACAGCCCCGUCAGGGCCGACCCGUAGGGACACGUUUAGGCUUCGAAAACCCAAUACUAGCAGGCCUCCUUCGAUGCAUGUUGAUGAUUACGUUGCGCGCGAGAGGAACGAUGGCGCUACUAGUUCGAACGUUAUUGCGGUUCCGCGGAUAGGAUCCAGUAGCGGCAGACCACCGUCUAUUCAUGUUGAUGAGUUUAUGGCCCGUGAACGCGAACGGCAGAAUCCUGUGGGCCUGGCGGGAAGUCCGCAGAUGAAAAACGCACCUCCCGGUAACGAUCCCGAUGCUGAAAAGUUGAAUAAAUCCAAGAAUUUGAGGCCCGAUUUAGAUGACGAUCUUCAGGGGUUAAACAUAGUAUUUGGUGGUGAGGACUCGGGGUCGGAUGACGGACUUCCGUUUCCGCAACCGGAUGAUAAUUUACAGCAACAGCCGUCUGCUAUCGAUGACCAAAAUUCGCCUCGGUCUAUUGUUGAAGAGACUGAAAGUGAUUCGCGUUUGGGUACGCCUUUGAAGUCCGGUUUUGAUGAUAGUAGUAAUAAUAAUAUUCAAAGCGAUUUUUCAUCACGGGUAUCGGUUUCACGGCCUGAAAUGUCGUUGACACGCGAACCGAGUAUUUCUUCUGAGAAGAAGUAUUUUGAGCCAUCUGAUGAUGGGAGAAAUGGUACACCGGAUAAAUCUUUAGGGUUUUCAUCUUCGGGUAAUAUGAAGAACGUUAAAUCAUCAACACAAAGUUCGUAUCCUAACACUGGUCAUGGACCGGGUGGCGGUUAUGAACAUAAAUUUCCGAUGAAUCAACCUCCUCUUCCUCCAAUGCCGCCACCACCUACCAUUGCACCUGUAAAUGCUCGAAAUCUGGAUUCGAAUCAGCCGCCACUUCCGCCAGGAUUUCAUGGCCACUCUGACUAUUCACGGACAUCACACCCUUCUUCUGGCGGGUCGGUGAGGCCUCAGCCGCCACUUCCACCUACCCCACCGCCGUAUACUGCCGCCACCUCUCUAUCAUCUUUACGAACAUCCACACCUCCAUCUUCAGUGUAUAAUCAGUCGAAUAUCGGAUCUUCUGAAUUAAUGCAGGGUUUUGCUCCUUCAAACAUGACAAAUCUUUCUUACCCCCCACCACCGUUAAUGCCACCGAUGAUUUUCAACCGACCCGCAGUUCCGUAUAACAUUUACGGAAACACUCCGACCCCAAAUCAAGGAGAAAACCAAUCUACGCUUCCUCAAAGUUAUCCAAUGGGUUUGUCGUCUUUGCAGCCGAUGACUCAGCUGCAGCCGUUGCAACCGCCCCAACUACCUCGGCCACCACAACCGCCACCGCAGCAUCUUAGACCGCCGGUCUCGGCUUCAACACAAUCCGAUCAGAUGCAAGUGCAGCAGUUGCACAUGGUUCAACCGGGAAAUGUUUAUUAUCAAAGCAUGCAUCAAGAGAGCUUUUCGCAUGCUCAGCAACAACAGCAGCGGUUGGAUCCUCAAAUGCAAGUUCAGCAUCAACAAGGGCAAAGUAGUAAUUUACAACAGCAAGAUGCUAGUGCGUUGUCACUGCAGCAUGUUUUCAGUUCCCCUGAAGCUAUUCAGGAACUGUUGGGUGAUCGCGAAAAACUUGUCCAGCUUCUAGAACAGCACCCAAAGUUGAUGCAAAUGCUUCAGGAUAAACUACAUGGCUGAGGUCUCAAAAGAUUAUAAUACUGCUUGCGUAAUUUUUUUAAAAAGUGUUUCAACUUUUUUAAUCUUGUAACUUUUAUUGAGCAUUAGCAGAUGUAUACAUUGUUGUAAAUUGUUAUCUCGGCAUGAAUUGUAACUAUCAGCUAUGCCCUUCCAUUUUUAUUAUUUUGAUAUUUUCCA